GAGGCUAAGGGGAGCAGGUUGGCUGAAGGACCUCCUGGAGAGAUUUCAACCCUGCCUUCUGCGACUCAAGCCAAGCCGCCAUUGACCCCAGCUCCCUCUCCAACAUAAGAAACCCUACCUGCUGGGUCCCCAGGUAGGGCCAGUCCUCAUCCUGCACCCAGUCACGUCUCCCCCCUUACCUUGCUGGCUCUGAUCGGUGACCUGCCCCCUCCUCCUUAGUCUCCAGGACCAGAAUAUUACUUGUGCACACAACACACCUUUGUAACACGUGGUUAAAUAUGUUCAACGUGAGUGUCUAUUUGUGAAAAGAAUGUUUGUCUCACCCAUGAGUCCAACCUUACAGACAUUAAACCCCUCAAUGCUUACUUGGGGAAGUGUAGAGGACGCCUCGUUUACGGCAGGGCUCAGUGCCACACUUGCUGGGGACGCCUCCGGUUGUGACCAUCUGGCAACAGUGCUGAGCAAUUUUUUUGUUUUGCUCAUCUUCUCACAUCAUUGAACCACUUUUUUCAUUGUGCAGUGGUUCUCAGGACGUCCGGGCAAACCUGGUUUACAGCAUUACUUACCUCCUGGAUGGCAUUUCCCCGUAAUAAAUUAAAUAAAAAUUUAAAAAACGCAUUUUGUACUCACUUGGGUUAUCUUUGUUUGAUAUUAGAAUUUGUUUGAUGAUCUGGAACUUUUAAGUCUGUAAAAUGUGCAAAAAAAAGAGGUAAUCCGUAUGGGGGCAAAUACUUUUUCACAGCACUGUACAUAUAGGGCCCUAUAAAAUCUGUUUUAUUUUUUUCCAAAUUCGUUUUAAUUUUUUGCCAUUUUUUUUUUCGGUUUUAAUUUUUGGAGAAUUCAUUUUUUAGUUUUUUUUUAUGCAAAUUUAACCCUUAACCACCACAUGAAGUAAUGAAAUACAGACAGUUUAUUCAGUUAUAACUGAAAACUUUAAUGCUUGCUGGCAUUUAAUUGCCUUUCAACAAUAUUUUUAACAAAAGUACAUAAAAAAUUGCAACAGCCCAUGAACUGAACAAUAAAACAUGUUUUGAAACCAGGGUCAAGAUCUUGCAGGUGGGGGGGUUGGUUGUGGGGUUGUGGAGUGCUUUGUGGGUGAGAAGGAGGAUUUUGUACUGAAUGUGAUGGGUGAUGGGGAGCCAGUGAAGGUUCUGGAGGACAGGGGUGAUGUGGUAGAGUUCUGGAUGAGCUGAAGUCUACUGAGGAGAGUGGAGGUAGUGCCAUGGAGGAGACUGUUACAAUAGUCUAGACGGGAUGAAUUGAAUGCAUGUAUGAGGGUUUCAGCUGCAGGGUAGGAGAGGGAGGGGCGGAGGCGGGCAGUGUUUUUGAGGUGGUAGUAGGCUGUUUUGGUGAUUUGCUUUAUGUGCUGGGUGAAGGAGAGGUUGCUGUCGAAGAGAACACCAAGGUUGCGACAGUGGGGGGAGGGGGAGAGGGUGGAGUUGUCAAUGGAGAGAUGAAAGUCUGUGACUGUGGAGGUGAGGGAGUUUGGGCUGAUGAUGAGAAGAUCUGUUUUGUCAUAGUUGAGCUUGAGAAGGUUGCUGUCCAUCCAGUGUUUGACAUCAGAGAGGCAGUUUGAGAGGGAGCGUUGGGUCUUGGGGGUGAUGAAGGUGAAAGAGAUGUACAAUUGAAUGUCAUCAGCGUAGCAGUGGAAGUGGAGAUUGUGUUGACGGAGGAUGUGGCCAAGAGGGAGGAGGUAGAUGAUGAAGAGGCGGGGACCAAGCACUAAAACCCUGGGGGACACCUUGGGACACGGGGGCAGUUGUGGAGGAGCAGUUGUUGAUGUGGAUGAAGUGAUUCCGGUCUGUGAGAUACAAGUGGAUCCAGUUGAGAGCAGUGUCUGUGAUAUUCAGGAGGGAGUGUAGGCGGGACAGGAGGAUGGCGUGGUCGAUGGUGUCAAAAGCGGCAGAGAGGUCAAGGAGGAUGAGGAUGGAGAGUUGGCCGGAGUUAGCAGAAAUGAGGAGGUCGUUGGUGACUUUGAUGAGGGCAGUUUUGGUGCUGCGGUGGGUGCGGAAUCCUGAUUGAAACUGUUCGUAAAGAUUGUUAUUGUUGAGGUGGGCUUUGAUUUUUGAUGCAAUGACAUGUUCAAGGAUUUUCGACAGGAAAGGGAGGUUGGAGAUGGGCCGGAAGUUGUUGAUGUCAUCAGGGCUGGGUCCAGGUUUUUUGAGGAUGGGGGUGACAGCAGCCAGUUUGAGUGAGGGGGGAACAGUGGCAGAGUUGAGGGAGGAGUUGAUGAUCUGCGUGAUGAUGGGAGAGAUGGGAUGGGAUCCAGGUUGAAGGUGGAUGAUGACAUGGAGCAGAUGAUGUUAGUCACGUCGGUUGGAGAAACAGGUGAGAAGCGGGAGAGUGCUGAUGGGAUGAGGAGAGGAGCUGGGAAUGGAGGGUGGGGGAAGGGAGUUUUAGAUUCUGUUGAUUUUGGAUUGAAAAGCGGUGUUACGGCUGUGUGUUUGUUUUGCAUGUGUUUUUCCCCUUUUGUCUCUCCAUAGCUGCCCAGGUGAAAUCACUUGAGUGACAAUCAGACUCACCUGGUGCUGGGAGUCUAAAAGCCCAGAGCUGCCUGCAGUCUGGAGAGGCAUUUGGUGGGGAACUGCUGCCCUGCUGCCCUGCUGCCUCUCAUUUGUGUUGUGGUUGCUUUGUGUUUAGUUUGCAAUUAUGUUGUUUUUUCACAAUAAAUCACGUGUUAAACUUUUGAAGGUGUUUUGGUUAAUUUGAUGGGUAAAAAGUUGAGGAUAGUUGUUAGCCCCAUAGGGCCGCCUAAGGGUGGGGCGUAACAAAUGGGGGCUCGUCCGGGACCGAACAUCCAUGAGGUUCUUUGAAGUUGUUUUUUUUCCUUUCGUAACUAGUGACCAUAGUUUGGGUUUUUUAGUCUUCUGUUUCUGUCACGAUCAUUAGUAGUUGCUUUUAUUUGUAACUUCUGAGCACCCUGAUUAUUUAGUCGCCGGGCAGGGAAGAACUUGCCACUUUUUUAUUUUGCCUUUCUUAUUUUUGGUGGUAAUCCUGAGGAGGGGGCACACUUAGGUGAUGCCUCGAGCCCGGCAGGCCACUGAAGACUAGCUAGGUAAGUCAGACAUCUUGUUAAGCAGGUAGGGGUUGGGGUGACUCAUUUUGAUCUGCAAUUGUUUUGUUCUAUAGUACUGUUUUUGUUUUUGUGUGUUUCAGAAGACUACCCAUUUUUGCUUGGUCACUCUGGGUGAUAACAAUUAGGAUUUUGUGUGCAGUAACUUGUGUUGUGUGACCAGUCGUUGGUGGUAACUGCUCUCCACAUUUGGUGGGUCACGUGUGAGUUGCAUCUUAGGUGUAAGGUGGCAACAGUUGUGUAGUGGUGACUAUUGUGUGACCAUUUUGUGUAGUGGUUUGCAGUCCACAUUUGGUGGGUCACUUGUGUGUUACUGUUUCGUAUACCUAUUUGUAUGUUCCGUUCGUUUGGCUUGUUGCCAGCCUUCUCACAGUAAUUUGUGUGUCUUUUGAAGACUUGUGUCCAUUUGUGUUGUGGUGGUGGCAGUCACCUUUUGUUGGAUCUCUGUGUGCUGUUUGUGAAUGACAGCAGUGUUGUAGUUUUACUACUUUUGUUGAUCCGUUUGUGUGUGUGACUGUUCACUCCACUUUGGUGUUGGACAUCUGUUACUGUGUGUGGUAUUGGCAAAUUUAGUGUUUUGCUCUUUGUGUUUGUGUUAACCUCAUGGUAGUAGCCAUUUUGCUUUGUGGGAGUGGCACCCACUUAAUUGGCUGCUUUUGUGAUGGAUGCUCUUGAAUUUGGUUGCAGCAUCUUCCUCGGCCCUAAUUUAAGAUUGUAUUCCUCACGACCCAUUUAGCACCUUUUUGUCAGCAGUGGUUGUCUUCAGUUUUGGUGAACAGUUAAGGUUUUUUUUAAGCUUGUGCAGUGGUGUGUGUUUUGUGACAAACAGCCUUGGUGAGUAACACCCAUUUAGUUAGUUCUUGUGUUAACAUAGUUGACGCAAUGCACUUUAAUUCAAUGAAUAAAUGUUUGUAUUAUUUUGGAUUUACGGUGUGCAAUUGUGGUGUUUAUUUUUGCAGUACAAAUGAUUUAUUCAUUGUUUUAAGGGUGGGGGUGUUACGGCUGUGUGUUUGUUUUGCAUGUGUUUUUCCCCUUUUGUCUCUCCAUAGCUGCCCAGGUGAAAUCACUUGAGUGACAAUCAGACUCACCUGGUGCUGGGAGUCUAAAAGCCCAGAGCUGCCUGCAGUCUGGAGAGGCAUUUGGUGGGGAACUGCUGCCCUGCUGCCCUGCUGCCCUGCUGCCUCUCAUUUGUGUUGUGGUUGCUUUGUGUUUAGUUUGCAAUUAUGUUGUUUUUUCACAAUAAAUCACGUGUUAAACUUUUGAAGAUGUUUUGGUUAAUUUGAUGGGUAAAAAGUUGAGGAUAGUUGUUAGCCCCAUAGGGCCGCCUAAGGGUGGGGCGUAACAGCGGAGAGGAAUGAGAUGCAAUUUUCCGGUGUGAAGGUGAUAGAGAUGCUGUCUAUGGGGUGGAGCAGUUUUCUGACUGUGGAGAAAAGAGCCUUUUGGUUACUGGAGCCGGAGUGGAUGAGGUUGGAGUAAUAGGAAGAACGGGCGGAGUUGAGGGCUGUUCUGUACAGGUGGAGAUGGUCGGUGUAGGCUUGGAGAUGGACGGUGAGGCCGGUUUUGCGGGAGAGAUGUUCCAGUUGAUGUUUGUGUGAUUUCAUUUUGUGCAGUUCUGAGGUAAACCAUGGGGCAGAGUGUCUAAAUGAAACUGUUCUUGUUUUGAGGGGUGUGAAAUGGUCCAGGCAGGAGGAUAGAGUCUUAUUGUAGUAGUUGAGUAGGUCAGCAAGUUUAGCAGAUGGUGGGGGAGGGGAUGCAGUGAGGGUGGCAGAUAGGGAAGCGGAGAGGUCCUGAGGCGAGAUGGAUUUGAGGUUUCUGAAGGAGAUGUGUCAUUUUUCACUGUGAAAUGGGGGAGGGGGGGGGUCAACACUGAAAGUGACAGCCAGGGGGUCGAUGGUGGAGAGAUGGUGGAUGGAGAUGCCUGUGGAACAGACAAGGUCGAGGGUGUGGCUGUGGGAGUGGGUGGGGGAGUGUACAUGCUGUAUGAGGUUGAGGAUGUCGAGCAGAUCAAGGAAAUUGGAGGCUUGUUUGCAGGUGGAGUUGUCGAUGUGAAAGUUGAAGUCUCAAAGCAGCAGGACAGAGGAUGAGAUGGUACUUAGGUGGGUGACAAAGUCAGAGAAAUCAGAGAGGAAUGAUGGGUGGGGCUUUGGAGGGCGGUAGAUGGUGACGAUGACCAGAGGGGUGGGGCCGGGGAGUUUGACGGAAAUAUUUUCAAAUGAGUGGACAGACAGGAUGGGGGUGGUGUUGAGGGUCUGUUUGUGGAUAAAUGCGACGCCACCACCUCGUCCAGUGAGGCGGGGUUGGUGCAGGUAGGAGUAACCGGGGGGUUAUUGGUUAUUGUCUGUUAUGAAGUCAGCCAGGAUGUGUCCUUUGUUAUUGAGGGAGCAGGUGUUUUGAAGGGCCAUCUUCAGGGGAGGGGGCUGUGGGGUGAGCAGUGAGGCAGGGGGAAGGCAGCAGAGGUUUAUUUGAUUCCUUGUCCUUCGUUUUGCAUGCAUGGGAUUUGAGCGGGAGGAUCCAGUAGUUGUAAUUGUUUGAAUGAAGAAGCUGUGGCGAGACCCUGGUGAGAUGGCAGAUUGGCAAGGAGACUCUGUGGUUGGAGGGUGCAGUAGCUGUUUGGGCCAGGAGGGGGAGCUUGUUGUAGAGGCAGCGAUAGGAUUGGUGUGCAGUACCAGUUGAGGCCUGUUGGGGGAGCCGGUGGUGAGGGUGGUGAGGGUGAGGAUUCUGGAGGGGGGGCUCUGGGGGGUGCUGUUUCCAGGUGGGGUAGUGUUAGGCGAGGAAGAAGAUGACAGGGAGGGUGUAAACAAUGCUAGUCAGUUGGUGUGCACGUAGUGUUGGAUGUUAGCGGCAAGUGUGUAAUGGCCCAGUUUGUUUGGGUGAAGUUCGUCAAGGGAGAAAAAUGGCGAUUGGUUCCAGAACAGAUUAAAAUUGACAAUGAAGUGGGUGGAGAAGGUACUGCAGAGUGAUCGAAGCCAGGAGUUUAGGCUGAGGAGGCGGCUAAAUCGAUCAAUGCUUCUUGUCAGCGUUGGUAGCGGACCACUUAUAAAAACAGAUUUGCCGCUGCACUGAAGGAUGUGGAGAAGUGUUCUGAAGUCACUUUUGGUUAGUUCAGACUGUUGGUGAGCCAUGUCGUUGGUGCCAAUGUGAACAAUGAUACGGUGGAUAGAGGGAAGAAGUGACUGGAGAAGACCGGGGAGUUUUGCCAUGAUGUCGGCGACAGUUGCACCAGGGAAAAUGUGAGUGAUGGCAUUGAAAAAAUGGAUACCUUGUGCGAUGCUGUCACUGACGAUCAAGGUGGUGGGGGAAACAACUGCAGGGGUUGCAUGGCUCCUGUACCCAAAGCAGGGCAGGUGGCCGGGCUGCCAGGACUCAGCGGUGCGGUGGACGCCAGCGGCAGCGGGGAUGGUCUGCUAUUUUCGUCCGGGGCGGCGGCGGCGAGCCUGGCGGAGUUCCGUUGGACUGCCUCUCGGAGAAACCUCUUGCGGGCAGCCGAGGAUGCGGUCCGGCUCUCAGAGUGGUGGACAAGGCGGGUCCCGGGACACCGCGCAUGUCCAGGCACCGACGAAGAGGGGUCCCCUUCGCCAGUGCCAGGCCACACGGGAAUCCCUCCGCACGCCAGCAGGGAGGUGUUCUUCGCACCAGAGCCCAGUGAUGCCUGGGAGCUGGUCACCAGAAGAGGGGCUGGCACGCCGCGAAGGCACCGGAGAAUGAGGACGAAGGCCUGGGGGCUCCGCCGGGUGGCCAUGUACGAGCCAUGGGAGCUCUGGCAGUCACUGUGGAGGAUGCCAUCACAUCACCGCGGAGAGGGGACUGGUUCGGGCUGGUGUUGGCAGGCUUAGGAGGAUGCUCAAGGGCCUCGAAGCGGUUAGAGAGGGACAACUGGACUGUAGAGGCAUCGCUGGAGGGAUUUGUCCUGCUGCCGGCGAGGACCUUGGACCGGGGCAGUGGAUUGCUCGGCGUGGAGCUUGAGGUAGGCCCGGCCAGGUUCCAGGGGAUGGUGUUGGUGGUUUUCCUACUUAGGGUGAUCACUUCAGUCCAGGUCGAGUCCUGGUAGGGUGCUGUGGUGGAUGGCGGUCGGGACGAGGCCCCCGGGCUGUGAGGCUCCCAGGGUAGCGUGUCCUGGAGGGUUGCUUGGAGGGAAAACAGGUGGAGGGAUUGCUGGUGGGCCACAUCCAUACAAGUUGUGAGUAGAGUGGAUUUUGAUUUGAGCUCCUUGGACAGUUUUUGAAUACGAAGUUUGAGUAUGGUUAUUGUUUUAUUUUCCUCGUGAAGCGCUUCAGUCUUCUCAAGGAGUAGGGACUCGCUCGCUCUCUCGCUUAUGCUUGCUUAAUGUCUAUGUUGAUCGCCACUAUUUCACUCUUUCUAUCUCUCUCUUUUGUUCACAAUAGCUUUAGGUUUAAAUCAUGAUUGCUUUUUGAUACUUCUAGUGUUAAGGUAACAGAUUGUAUUACUUAAUGUGGUAUUGAAAAGUAUUAAAUUAAUUUAAAAAAUGUUAUAACCUUGCUAUAUGAUGUAUCCCCCCUGAUAUAAAGAAAACAAAGGUGAUGCCUUCUUGGCUCGUGGUUCUUUUUAAUAUCACACAUGAACAGAGGAGAUAAGCCAGAGAAUAAUGCAGUUGGUGACAACAAGCUGAUCAGAGUAUUUCACAGUUUAUCAAAAUUCUGUUACAUCAUCUACUCUGUACUCCUGAAACUCUCAAAUUCAUUUACUCUCUGCUUCCUUUCUGCUGCUAUCCUGUCAUUUACUAAAUCACAUGUGCCUUUUUCAUCUUCUUCCUUUCAUGUUUCCUUCCUUUGAUUGAUUGUCUGUCUCAUCGUUGUGACAUCGACUCUCACUUUGAGUUUUUGACAAGAUGGGGACUGGAUUUUCCUUUUACACGUUGGCAGCACCAAUUUUCUUCUCCGAUGAGAUGAUGUAAAAGUAAUUGCACAUUUUCUCUCUCUCACUGUGAAUUUAAUGCUUGGUUGCAAUAGCCAAUAGGUAGCAGGAAGGGUUGAUUGCCUUCAGUCUCUUCACACAAGUCCCUGCCAUAAAAAAGUCCUCUUGAUCAGCAGUCAAAGAGGCUUAAUUUCAGGAGCAACCCAUGAACCAUGCUGGGAAAUUCAAGUGCUAGAAUUAAAAAAGGACAUCAGACAAUAAACUUAUGCACUGGUGGUCUGGCCUUCUGUAGACCAUUACCUUCAAAUUCUGUGAUGGUAAAUUCUCUCUAUGAUUGCAGAUCAUUUCUUUUGGUCAAUGUUUUUUGCUUUUUCAAGCAUAGCACAAGUUCAAAAUAGGUUUCCUUAGAGGAGUGUUAUUAGCUUUUACUUGCAAACUCCUAAUCCCCUGGCCACAGCUGUCAUCUUUAGUUUUCUGCACAAACUCUAAUUUUUCUUUUGCAGUUAUACAAUCUGUUCAUACUGGUUUUAGACUGAUAUAAAACUAUCUUCUCUGUCAAUUACAUUUCCUAAUACCAUGUGUUUUUGUGUCUAUUUGUUUUCAGUGUUUGGCAUUUGGGAAUUUGGGGUAGAUUGAAGCCUGGUACACAAAGAAUAAAAAAAACAAAAAAAUCUGAACUGAUUUUUAAAACAUCAGAGAUCCCACACAUGAUGACAAAUGAUGUGAGAUUUAAUCGCUUUUGUGUGUGUGUGUGUGUGUGUGUGUGUGUGUGUGUGUGUGUGUGUGUGUAUGUGUGAUGUAGAACAAUGCAAUAAACACAGCACAGCACACCACGUGAUGACUCUUCACCUGCAGCCAGAGUCCCAACUCUAGUAAAAGAAAAAUCUCUUGUGAUCAGAUGUGAUUUUAGUGUAGGAAACAAAGCAGACUAGUGGAGCUAACUGUUGCUAGCCACUUCACUUCGUGUUACUUCUGUUGAAGUAGCUAAUAUUUUUUAACCCCUCCACUUGCGGUUUUCAGUUGCAGUGUGUUUUAACGAACACAUUGUGCUGUCACCAUGUACCAAUUAGAGUAGAUUCAAUAUUUCAGACUUCCAUCUCUGUCUAUGCUUUGCGUUAACUAUCGUUGCCAUAUAUACAUUUGUUGCGCUUCCUGCUUUGUUUAGCACACUUCCCUAUCAAGUUGUUCCAUGUGACAGCUGACAUACUGCAUGAUCUGCCAUCCAGGAGGUUCCCCACACACAUAGAAAUUUUAUGUCAUGUAUGUCAAACAUGUAUAACAUUUGCAAUUCCAAGUCAGGGUGAAAAAUCACUCUUCACACAUAUUACAUCACAGGAUAAUCUGACAAGAUAAUCUUUAAAACCAUCCGAUAGCUGGGCCUUUGCUGACUUUUGUCUGGAGGGGGCAGUCGGACGCAAAAUUGGCACAAUUAUCUUGUAGUUUUUGCUUUAACUGUACCUAAUCUACAUCAAACCCUGCAAAACAUACAACCUCACAAAAGAUUUAAAGUUAAAUGCAUUGACUUCAUAUAAAUAUGGAAGCAGCAACUCAAUCUCCCAAAACCUGAAAGGGUUCGAGGAGAGAGGAGCAAUGCCUGAAAAUAGAGAAUCUUGCACAGCUUUGGAAGUUAUAAAAUUAAAUUGCAUUUUUUUUAAAUAAUAAUAAUAAUAAUAAUAAUAAUAAUAAUAAUACAUUUUAUUUAUAAAGUGCUUUUCAUAAAACUCUAAGACAUUGUAUAAUGCAGAAAUACAGUAAAAAAAGCAAACAGACAGACAAACACAAGACAGAACAUCACAAUCAGAUUAAAAGCCUGUCUAAAAGGUGAGUAUUCUCCCGUGAUUUGAAUGUAGGCAAGUCUGUGCAGUUUUGAAUAUGUGCUAAGAGUGAAUACCAGAGGGAGGGGGCAGCUUUGGAGGAGGUUCUGUCCUGGUGGGGAGAGGAGGAUGGUGUUAGAGCGGAGGGUACGGGUAGGAAUGUGAUAGUGGAGGAGGUCAGUGGUGGUGGGGGCUUAUGGCUUAUGGUUUAGGCCUUUAUAGGUGGGGAGUAGGAUCUUAAAUUGGAUACAAAAGAGGAUAGGGAGCCAGUAGAGUUCUUGUAGGACAAGGAGUUUAAGAGAGUUAAAGUCCCAUAAUAUCAUGGCUUCAAUAGAAUUUCUGCAUGUUAUUUAACCAGUUUUAAGUAUAGGAAGGGGCUGUAGUGUGCAGCUACAUGGUUUUCUCCUCCUCUUGGGGACAGGGAGGAGUGAGAAGCAUAUGCUCAUGGCAGACAGUUCAGUAAGAAAAAUACCCUGAUCUCUUUGAUUAGAACUGAUGAGUCACUUCUUGAUUAGGUUUGUAAAUAUACAAAAGAAUAAUAUGGUCAUGUUGAAGAAAAAAACAAUUGGAAAUUUAAGAAAAUAUUUCGGAUAAAAAAGCUGUACAUUUGUGGUAAUUAAGUCAUACCUUUACAAGAGUUAAGUCUAACUACAAGAAAAACAAAUUAUGGAAAUUUAUGAAAAUUAUGCAGAAAAUGUACAAGUUCUAAGUCUAAAUAACAACAAUUCCAACAAAAAAAACCCUGAAAUUUAUGAAAGAAAAAGUUAUAACUUUAGGUUGUGAAAGUAACCCCUGAGGGUCGUUAACCUGAAAGGGUCGUUAACGACCCCUGUCAUGUGACCACAUGACUCAUGCCACCUGAGUCAUGUGGUCCCAGGUGUGAAUGUUUGUGGAGUUUCCUGGGGAGAGAGCUGAGAACUGCAUUGUAAGUGCCGGAGAGGUUGUGCUUGAGUCCACUCCCUCUGUUCAGAGAAGGUUUCUCCAGUCUGGUAAAGAUGGCUUCUUUAACUCCUCUUUCAAACCAUCUGUCUUCUUUAGCCAACACCUGUACAUUGCUGUCCUCGAAAGAGUGACCCGUGACCUUUAAGUGAAGGUGGACAGCUGAGUCCUGACCUGAGGAAGUGGCUCUCCUGUGUUGAGCCAUGCAGUUGUGAAGCGAUUGUGUAGUUUCCCCAAUGUACAGGUCCAAGCAUUCCUCGCUGCACUGGACAGCAUACUGAAGAAGCUUCUUGGAUAAGAUGCAAAACGUCUUCUCAACUCUACACAGUCCAGUUGCCUAAAUUUGGAGUCUUCAAGAAAACCAUUACCUGGAUGAAUGAGAAUCUACAUGGACAUAUUGGAUCACACUUUGGGUUGGAUACCCUUCAGCUGAUCCGGGAGCACAAGAAAACUUGCAGGAAGAUGGCAGAUUACAGAAACCACCUCGGCUUUAACCUAAGAUGCAGACAGUGUAGGAGCCAGAUUGGGGUUUUGCAGUUUAUUGUUAUGUAUUUUUUGUGCCAACAGAUGGUCCUAUUGUGCCUGUCUAUUUAAGAGGUGGGUUGAUUAGGACAGGUGUGUACACCUGGGAAGCCGAACAGUUUUUUGACCGUCUCAAGUGGUUUUGUGUCUUGUCUUACAUCAAAUAAUGAAUGAGUAAAUAAAUCAAAAACAACAGAAGAUAUGGACGGUGUGACAUGUGACAUUAUUCCACACACGGGCACGCGUCAACUCAAGCAAAAGGGUGUUCGCCACAAGUAACAGCAUUGGAAAGCUGUUACAGACAGCAAGGACUUGUUCCCAAAAGCCUACGCUUGUUUUCCACCAUUAAAGGGCACAGGGCAGACAGCAUCCUUUCCAGGACACAGAAGCAGCUCCUCACUGAAAUGGUUAGGCAGGUCAAUUUCACCAUCGAGGCCUUACAAGCUAAAAUAAAUCACACCAAGGAGACACUGGCAUCCCGACUUCCAGAGGACAUCCUCAACAAAGUCUACAACUUUGUUUACAAGGCUCAGACCUCUCAACAUACCAAAGGCAUGGAAAGACAAACACAGAAAUUUGACAGACUACUUUCCCAGCACUCAAAGAUCCCAUCAGAACUUGCUUGGAGGGACAAAACUGACAGCCACACAGACACUAACAUGCAAGAAAAGUGGGUGAAGAAUUUGUCAGACAGGGUUCUCACUCAGCCGGAAAAGGAAGUCCUUUACAAAGGAGAUGGGUUUCUACCAUAGACUGUAUAUAAGAUGGACACCGUGGUUCCGCCUUCCGCCUGUAUACGGAUUUGAAGCCAAAAAGCUCUUGGUAAUUCCGGGUUUUUCUCCACUUCCUUGAAACCAGAGCUGUGCAGUAGCGUUGUGCGCAUUCGGCCGCGCAGUCGCCGAGAGUCCCUGUGAUGACGCUCGGCUCAAACAGCGUAUUCCCCCGGAAGAGCUACGCAAUCCCUGAACGCCCAUAGGCUGUACCAGGUGUCAAUCAUAGAAAACAUGAACCCCCUAAUAACUUUUAAAAACGGAGCUGUACAGAAAAAAAAGGACUUGGGCACAAACCAGUCUUACUGUAACUAUAUGUCAACAUCACAACCAGGGGGGAGAAAAAAUUAUGUUCUGUGUAAUAAAUUUCUAAAGUUUGUCCACAGUCCCAUAAGCUUUGCUGGCGGAGGCGGGAUUUAUGACCUGUACUGCAGCCCACCAUCAGAGGGUGCUGUUCUCGGAGUGGCUUCACCCAGCGAGGAGGCAGACUCUGUCCAUCUUAUAUACAGUCUAUGGUUUCUACGGAGAUGGGUGUCUACGACCUAUUCUUUCCAACUCCUCCCAGUCAUUGUCUGUCCCCUUCUCCAGUAAGAUAAAUAUCUGCUCCUCACACUAGCAAUUAUUAGAACUGAAGAAGCUUAUUGGAUAAGAGGCGAAACGUCUUCUCUACUCUACACAGUCCAGUUGCCUGAUUUUGGAGUCUUCAAGAUAAGCUUGCAUGUUAUUUUAAAGGGGUAGAUCAGAAGAGGCAGGUUGCUGUGGCUCAGUGAUACUUAGUAACACUGAUUGUCAGCAGCUAUAGCAGACUUCUUUAUCUGUGGAGAAAUGGGUAAACGCACUAAGUAAUUUAAGUGCUUUUAGUGGUCAGAAAGACUAGAAAAGGGCUGUGUGACUUACAGUCCAUCUACCAAAUUCAAGAGCAGCCAGCUGCCUCAUUGGAGAACCUGGAGCAUCAUGUACAUUUUUUAGGGGUGUAACGAUUCAUUUUAACAACCAUUUGAUGAAGUCACUGUGUCGCAUUGUACCCUCAAACAAUCUAUCAGCAAAGCCUUCUUUUCAGCACUGGCCCAUCUGUUGUUGAGCUAAAAUAACGUACACGGAGGAAGACACGUGCAAACAAGCAGAUGCAUGUCCAGACUAUUUGACUGGGGUCACCCAACCAGCACUGACACUGCUGGAGUGAUAUGAAGUAUGUGAGCCCAUACACAAAUAAAUAACAUUGAUGAUUGCAUCUGUGAUGUAAAAUCAGCAAUAUAGUUAAUUUUAUUACAGUUGUCUCUGACAAGACAUUUAGCCAAGGAAGAGGAUGUUUGAAGUUUUUCUAGUGUGUUCAAUUUUUUGGGGCUUCUUGUCCUUCAUAAGUAACCUAUCUUAUGAAUCAAAAAAAAAAGAUUGCCUGACUUGAUGAUGAUACAUCAUUUGUAUGGAGGGGAUGACUGAUCCAAAAGGAGAGUACUUAUAAGGGCAGUUCUUUUAUAAAAGCUGAUUUUUUGUUGAAGUUACUGGUUUUAAUCCAAGUGAACCUUGAUUGUGGUUUACAUGGAUUUUGACAUGCAAAAUAGUACUGCUGUGAUGUUACCAAAGAACACUUGGUUAGUAAUUUAGAACCCUGCUCAAACUUAACCAGGAAAACCAGCCCUUACAUGGUUGUUGUCAUGUUUUUAUUUUCCAAACCAUUUAAGAAAAUGGGGAAGAAAAUGUCAUGAUGAGUGCAUGCAAUAUUUGAAACAGCUCACUGCAACAUACUUGAAAAACAAAAAACAAAAAGCUUGCAAUAAAUAUUAUUUGUUUUGCUGAUCUUGCUCUAAAGAGUGAUUUGAAAGUCCUUUUUCUAAAAAAAAACAUAUUUUAAGCCUCCAGCAAGCUCUGGUCAGAUGCACACUGUAAAAAAAAAGGUUUAUUCAAUACAUGUCCUUUUUACAGCAGAUUACCUUAAAUAGGUUCACAUGAGUGUCAUUUUAACAGCAAAAUAACAGUAACUUAACCCUCUUGACUCCAUGAUUUUAGGUUUAACUGCA